UUAUGAGCAAUUUCGAUAGUCCCUCCACUGUAUGAUCUUAUAAUUAUUAGAGAAUUCUAAAUAUAGUAGACACAAAGGUUUUUUAAAGUGGGAGCUUGCUAAUAAAGAUGUUAAUGGAGCAUUUAAUGCUUAAUAACUAUAAGUUGAAAAAGGAAUCUUAUAAAGAGAGCGAUAACCCAAUUCAUUAAUGAUACCUUCAACAAAAUCAGCUUAAUCAUCAUAAAUUAGUCCUGAACCAUCAAUAAUAAAGGAACAUAUCUGUUGUGAUAAAUUAGAUGAAUUAAGUAAAUAAUAUGUAAUAAUAAUCAAAAUAUGUGUAGUAAUUAAUCAUCAACGAGCAAAUGAAUAAAUUAACUGAAUUAAAUUUGUUAAUACAAUAACAUUCUAGAUUAUUGAUUGAUUCAUACAAUUAAGGAUUAGAGGAUGCUAAAGCACAAUAAUAAAAAGAAUCUUAAAUUCUUGAAAAUAAUCGAUUGUUGAGAGAAAGAGAUAGAUAGAUUCAAGAAUGGGAAGAAAAAUAUAAUAAAGAAAAAAUCUUUGGAGAUGAAAAAGAGGAAGAGAUAAGGUAUAAGUGGAUUUUAAUUUUAUAGUGAACUUGAAAAAUAACUCAAAGAAUUGAAAACAUCAGUUUAAGUAACAACAAGCUCUACAGAUUUGGAAAAUGAGAAAAAUGAAUGGAAAAAUAAAUUUAUCACAUUAAAUAAACAAUUCAAUGAAACAGAAUAAUAAGUCGUUGUACUAGAAAAUGAGAUUGAUAUGUUAAAAUAAUAACAAAAAAAGACUUCAGUUAGAGUAAAUAUUUAUAUUUCAUAAGUUUAGACAACAACAAGAAGAAAAACAGUUACAAAGGAUGCACCUCAACCAUGA